UUAGAUUACCAUUCCCGCCUCAGGUUUCGGGCUUCCGAGCAUUUAGCAACCACGCCUUACUAUUACUGCCACUUUCCACGAUACAAUAAACCACAGAGGGUCACGCCGCCACACCGCAACAAGGCACACGGAACACGUCGAAAGCCAAUUGGACCUUUAUACCUUUUCAAAAGAUGCUCCUACGACUCGCAGAGAAGCGUAUCGGCGCUUCUCGACUAUGCGUAAAUCAUCGCAAAAUGCUCCCUCCCCGGCGCAACUUGAUCCCCGCACCACAGGCGAACUCGGGCCCUCUUAUGGAAAGACGGGCGGACAGAGCUCUACCCAAUGUUCAAAACGAGAGGCGAUGGAUACGAACCUUGCCAAUCUUUGCUGUUGUUGUGGGGGCCGCUAUGCUGGGUAUCUUUAACUAUCAGAAAUCUUCCUCCAGUGUGGUUAACAGUACGCUGUAUGCGCUGAGGACUUCCCCGCAGGCGAGGGAGAUUCUGGGUGAUGAGAUCUACUUUGCUCAGAAGAUCCCGUGGAUUAGUGGAGAGAUGAACCAGCUUCAUGGUCGCAUUGAUAUCUCGUUCUGGGUUAAGGGUACUAAGGCUCAGGGUAAAAUGCGGUUCCGCAGUAUUAGACCUGACCGGACUAGCUUUUUCCGCACGGAAGUAUGGAGCUUGGAAACCGAGGACGGCACGGUUGUCCAGCUGCUUGACAAAGAUACCGACCCAUUCAACCAGACCAAUUGAUUGACUCGACUACUUGGCCCUCUUGUUUCGGGCUGUAUACUCGCUUGUUACGUGGUGUUUGGAGAUUUGUGCAUGUAAAUAUAUCAUAUCAUUCAUGUGCAUUGGGCUAAGGCGUUCGGGCUUCGGAAAGCGUCUCACUCUCCCUUUCCCCCUCACCCAUCCCAUUGGGCAGAUUUAGGUUGCUCGACUGGAGUGGAAGAGCUAUAUGAAAGCGCCAAUCAGAGGCGGAAAAGAACCUAUAGGAACCAACACUUUGGGAAA